GUUGAAUUUAUGCCGGUGAGUUGAGGUGAGUUCAGCAAAGACAUUCGUUAGUCAACAUUUGCAAUUUUCUCUUCUUUUUUAAUAUUUGGUGCACUUUAGCAUUUUAUACUCACACAUUGCACAGUUUUUUUUAUUGUCAUUGUUUCGCCGAAUUAAGAAAAUGACCACGAACUGCCAAUUGAAGAGACGGUCAGUGUCAAUCUUCAGCCUACACACAAUUUUCAAAUCGCAAUCUCUGAUGUGAAAGAGAGACAAAAUAUUGGUCAAGUGUUUACGAUAUUUGAUUUAUCUACUGCAGUACAGAGUUGAGUUUUUGGCUGCUCGUGUGUAUGAGUGCGACUCGUCUCUCUUUCCACUUGACUACAUCGGAAUCGAAUCGAAUGGGACGAGCGAAAAAGAAGAAAAAAAAGAAGUAAUACACACACGUAUCGGCCGCCGUGCGACUGCAUCAUGAGCGGACGGUGUUUCCGUGAAAAUAGGUUGUUCAUUUGACAUUCCAUGUGAUGUUUUGUUCCAAUGAUUGAAAUUCCAUCCAAAAAGUGCACGACCAAAAGACGAGAAGAGCAAAUCAGCAGAAAAAAAACCAUCAUCAUCACACACGACCAUCGCGGCGACAAACGAGUGAGUGAGCGAAUUAUUGGGCAAUCGCGAGAAACGAAACGAAAGAGAGGAAAAAAAAAGUUAGUAAAGUCCGACAAAGUUGUUGGUGUUGUUGUGGUUGUUUUGUAUGCACACAUAUGUGUGUUGUUGUCGAGCGAGCGACCUUGCCGUUUCCUUUUAUUUUGACAUUUAAAUUACUUUGUGAAAGUAACCAUACGCCAAUCGAUCUCAUUCGCACGAGCCUACCACUCAUUAUUGAGUCACCGAGUGAGACGUCGACAACCGCGGUGAACGACGAGAACAACGACGACGACGAACAACACGACGGACGGUAACCGAGUGAGAGAGCGAGAGACUGCAAAGUGGGAAUCGCGCAAAAUAUACGCAAUGGUUCGACACAUUUCGUAAUUCGGCCUCAGUGGUUGCAUUCGAAUCGAGCGCUAAAGUCCGACAAACAAAAUAAUCAUCAUCGAAAAGAAAAAAGAGCGUUCGCUGAGUGCACAAGUGGAAAUUAAGUGAACUUUUUCGCGUUGCUGGCCAAUCGCAGUGUCACGUAUUCAAUUUUUUUUUCUUACUCUGCUCUGCAUGUGCAACUUGCACGGGCUGUGUGUACUAAUUACAACAACAACAUUUGUUCAAAAAAAAAAACACAACACACACUCUCUUGACGAUCGAGUGAGCAAUCGAACGAACGAACGAACGUACGAAAAAAAUGACCUCAAUAACAAAUAAAAGUGCACACAGUGCUGUUUCCGCUUCGUUGAAAUCGGCCGACAUGUCAGUGAUAAAAAAUCGUUCCAAUAUGAAUGAAUCAGAUUUGCAGGCCGAGUUGAUUGAAGUCGUUCCGGAAUUGCCGUUCAACGAUAGCGACGAAGACGAUGAUUUCAGUGAGUACAGUGAUGAUGAGGCAGCAGCAGCAGCAGCAGCAGCAGCAGCAGGACUGGCAGCCCACCAUCCAAAUCCAUUCCAUUUGAACAAUAUGGACGACGAUGACGAUGAGCCAUUCGAUGAAUAUGCUUAUCAAGUGAUGUCGAAUCACAGUGAACCACAAACCAUUUGGUUUGACAAUUCCCAAUUAAAAUCGCUACCGCUGAACAGUUCAACGGGCGACAGUGAUGUGAUACUAAUCGAUGACGAUGACGACAACGACGGUGACCACGACGAUAGUGACGAUGAUUUUAAUGAAAAUAGCAACGGAGGCCUUACCCACGAACCUUCUGACAAUUUAACCGAACAAAAAAUGUAUUCAUGUGAUAUUUGUCACAGUAAACUAUCCAGUAGCUAUAAUCUGAAACGUCACAAGAUGAUUCACAGCGGUGAAAAACCAUUCGAAUGCGACAUUUGCAAACGGCGAUUUCGUGAACAAAGUGACUUGAGAAAACAUAAGAAGGUUCACAACAACUCAUCGACCGCCAGAUGUUCGGUAUGCAAUCGUAAUCAACCAUCCAGUCGCCACUCGAACAAGUGUGUUUCGUGCGAGAAACAGGAAACAACCAAACGAUAUCAAGAUUCAAUCUCCGAUGACCUUGCACCGCGCACCAACGAUGCCAACAAUAAAAAAGCCUUCGUAUGCAAAUAUUGUGAUAGAACCUUUGGCAGCAGCUCAAAUCUGAAGCGCCAUAUUAUGAUCCACACUGGUGAAAAACCGUUCCAGUGCAGUGAAUGUAAGCGCCCGUUUCGUGAGAUGAGCACACUCAAGAAACACUUGAUUACACAUCGCAAACAAAACGGAUUCACUUCGGCCACGUCCUUUAAAUCGAUGGCAUUGACCGAAUCCGGACAAUCGCCCUUGGCAACGCCGUCAAAAACACCAACGCAAUUUCAACCCAGUUUACACAAAUGCCCAUUAUGCAAGACCAUCUGUCGAGGCACUGAAAAUCUCAUGAAUCACAUUACCACGGUUCAUCGGCCAAAUAGCAACGCAAAAAGCAACGGUUCUUCCGAAAACACGAAGCGAAAAUUGGCCAAAUCACCACCGCCACUCAUUCCAAUCAAGUCUGUCUUGAACAAAACCGCCUUUAACUACUUGAAUGCCAAAAGAAUUUAGAAUCAAAUCUACCAAAUAGAGAAAACAAUACCAUUCCGAUCAAAACAGGACACUUGUUAACCCGUCCAAUUGUUUUUUUACACUUUUUAGAACGACUUCUGACGAAAUUACACGAUUAAUAUUUUCAUUUUCUUCUUUUCCCUUUCUAUUAUUAAUAGCAACGUGCAUAUACAUUGCCGAAGAGCUCAACCAUUAUGAAAAAAAAAACGAUCAGAUAUUAUUUUUAACAGGUCAUACUUAGUAUGAACUUUUUAGUGUGUACACACCUGAUACAGGUUACUUUUUGCAUAACUUUUAUCAAGUUUUUUUUUUCUUUUCAUCUCCAACGAAUUUGCUUUUUGAUUCAAACGAUACAGCAAAAAAAGACAUGUUAAAUUAGUACGUAAGCGACAUAAGGAGUGUGUAACAUUCCUUGGAAUAUAUAUGUGAAACAUUGUAAAUGACAUUCCAAUUUAUUUGAUUGAAAUAAACAAAAUAUAUACGACUAUUUUUUAUAAAUCUGCAGAAAAAAAACACUUACUUAAUUUUUUUUCAAUUUCUCGUCCAGAUUUCGAUCAGAUAUGUUGAAAAUUAAACAAAUUUGCAUGAAUUUUCAAUAAAUUAUACCAUCAUAAGUCAUAUUUGAUUCGACGAGAUGAUUCAUCAAAAGUCA